AUGGAUCCAACCUCAGGCUAUACCAUUUUCGAAUUCCCUUCACCAUACUCCCUAUACGUCGCAGGUGAUGAAUGGAGCUGGGACGAAGGCACAGCAUUUUUCGAUGAAUGGGAAGAAACCCAUCUAAAUGACUCAACAACCAGCAUACUUGAAGAAUUCGUGACCGCACAAAUAAAGGGCAAGGGAAAAGCAACCAGAAUUGAAGCAGAUGUGAAAGUCGGAUCUUUUAAUCAGAUAUUCCGCUUUACUUUCGAAGACAAAACAGAUGUUAUUCUCCGCAUGCCGAAGCCAGGGCACUCAUUUGUUCUCCUGAUGGAAGAAAAAGUCCGAAACGAAGUCGCCUGGAUGAAAUGUUUCAAAGAGAAAACCAGUAUGCGAAUCGCACAUAUCUAUACAUCUAGUGUUGAUUUACCCAAAUCCGAAUGGCCACUUGGUAUUCCCUUUAUAUUGAUGGAAUUUCUGAAGGGGAAAAGUCUACGGAAUUUCCUCUGUGAUAACCUCCCUGAUGCUGGGGAGAGUGAAGAAUCCGAUGCACUGCGGAUGACUGCUUAUGAAGAUGUGGCUCAGUUCCUGAUUGAACUUCGGAGUAUAUCUCUUGAUCGAAUUGGGUCUAUUACGCAGAAUGCUUUGAAUGAAUGGGUUGUUACUGAGCGUCCACUCACCAUGGACAGGGAGUUAGCGAAUUCCGAUAUCCCCAAUUACCCGGUCGAAAGAUGGUCCAAGGGACCAUUUACAUGCUGCAGCGACUACGUCAAAUAUAAUCUUUCCGAGCAUCACCACCUGCUGAAAGAUAUACGCAACAUUAAUAUGCCACGCGAAAAGGAAAAUGGCAAAUCUGUGCAAAAAGCUAGGGGAAUAGAAAACAUCGACUUCAAAGAGGCGGCCAAUAUAGCCCGAGCCCGGUUUUUAAGUUAUCCGGCAUUCGCAAAGAUGGCUACUGAGCUCUACAAUCUAAAUGAUGAGUAUGAAAACGGUCCCUUUCUACCUUCAAAUGUGGAUUUUGAUCCAAGGAAUUUGCUCGUCGACCCAGACACGGGAAAAGUGAUAGGCAUGAUAGAUCUGGAAUUCAACAAUACCAUGCCGGCACGAUACUCGCACGACCCGCCGCAGUGGCUAGCUAUUGCUUUGCCAAAGGCAGCAUUGGAGAUAGGCGCGUUGAAAUGGUGGAAAGCGCAGUAUGAGAUGGCCUUGGAUCUUUUUCUGAAAGCGAUGAAAACAGUCGAGGAGCAGAUGGGGGAUCAACUAGAUCGUGCUCAGAGGCCGUUGUCGGAUUUGAUGCAGGAAUCAUAUGAUUCUGGCGCUUUCUGGAUUAAUAUGGGCCUUGAGAAUAUUACGUUGUGGGAUAGUAUCUAUUGGGAGAUUUUUUAUAGGGCUCGUCCUAAGCAUAGGCUUUAUCGGGCUCCGUAUUCUGAUGACGAGGUAGAACAUGAGAUGGAGGAAUAUGUAAAGUUUAGUGAUGGACAGAUCGUUGAUUAUGAGAAGACUAGAGAAGAAAAGAAGCAACAGUAUGAGGUGGAAUCUGAGAAGGAGGAGGAGUUUGAGAAGGAGGAGGAGUUUGAGAAGGAGGAGGAGUCCGAGAAGGAGAAGGAGUCGUCUGAGAAGCAGGAAGAGAAAUCAAAGGAGAAACAGGAGGAGAAUGAGGAAAAGGAGAAUGAAAUCACAAUGCAUGGAGAGGAGAUUAUGAAGCAUGAAGAGGAUAUCAUGGUGCACGAGGAGGAAAUCAUGAUAGAUGUAUGA